CAAAACAAUAAACAACUGAACCAUGUUUCUUGAAGUGUCCAACUAUUUAAAAAAAAAAAACAAAACGCUCUGCGGCGACUGCGAUGACGAUUUACUAGGGUACCAUGGAUCAGCGACGGUGGAAUCCCGGAAUCCGGGAAAAUCUGCUCAAGACGGUAUUCGAUUGGAUGAGGUAUGAGGGGAAAAGUGGGAUCUGUAGACGAGAUUGGGGAGGACAAUCUCGAUCGGAUCGGCGAGGGUUGGUGGGAGAAUCAUCACGAUAUGGAAAAAGGAUCGGGCUCUCAGAUUUUUUAAAACCAAAAUCUUUUCUUAUCGAAGGUACGAUCUCUGUAAUCAUCAAUACAGAAUCCUUUCCGAUUGUCUCGAUGGUGAAUUCAUAUCAGCUACGAUCGAGGAAAGUUGGAUUUUGGAAAAUAAGGAUUUUCUCUUUUUUCUUGAAGAGUCAACUUAUUGGAGGAUCUGGUGAGAUGAAAAACGAUGAUGGUGCUCGUAAGAGGCUGAAGAUUUCGGUCCCUCACUUCAACAAUUCAGAUCUUAUCAAGGGCUAUUCCAAAACUUUAAUUGGAAGAUGCAUGAAUCCAGAGGAGCAGAACGUCAAGUUCUUGGUGGUGACGCUUCCUAAGAUUUGGAACCUGGAAGACAAGGUGGUAGGCACGGACUUGGGGCUAGGGAGGUUCCAGUUCGACUUUGACGCAGAGGAAGAUAUCGAAACGGUGCUGAAGAUGCAACCAUUUCACUUUGACUACUGGAUGAUCUCGUUAGUACGGUGGCAACCAAGGAAGACAAAGAAUUAUCCGUCGGAAAUCACCUUUUGGAUUAAGGUUUUGGGAGUGCCAUUGGAGUUUUGGGAAGCACCAACCUUCCAGAGCAUUGGUGAUGCGCUUGGUGUGACAAAAGAUGUGGAUCUGGACUAUGGUAGAGUGCAAGUCACGGUUGAUGGGUACAAGGAGUUAAUAUUCGAGACGACUGUGGAUUUUAAGGGAGGCGAGUAUUAUGAAGAAGAAGAGGCUCCGGUAACAUUGCGGUAUGAAAAGCUGUUUGGUUACUGUAAAACUUGUUUCAGUCUUUGCCACAAGAUGGAGAAGUGCCUGCAGACUAUACAGAGCACGGAUAAGCCGAAAGAGAUAAGAGAUGAAGACGAAAGCCAUUACGAUGAUAAAGCUCGAAGCUACAAGGGGGUGGUUAUCAACGGGAAUGGAGGGCAACAAGAUAGGGUAAGAGAGAAACGUGAGUACCAAGGAAAAGGAAAAGGGAAAAUGUUUGAGGAAGGAGAAAAAAAAUUGGGUUAAGGUUUCGGACAGGGAGCGUAAAACUCACAACAACAAUCACCGUAGUGGCCAUCGUGGUGGUGAUGAAAACUCCCGUCACAGGAGCUAUAGAAGGGACCAAUCACGGACACAUCAAGAUGACCGUGUACGAGCUCCUGCAGGCUUGCGUGGUGCAACAGGUGCAGGUAGCGAGGCUCGAACGGAUGGUUGCGAAGAAGGUGAGAUUGUUGGGAUGGAGCAGUCACGUCAAAAGGAGGAGAAGAUACAGGUACCGGCUAAGCCUUCCCAAGCCUUUCUCGCUGAGCUACUGGAGACACAAGAAGGUCACUCUAAGGUAACCUUGGAACGUAAGGAUGGAGAUCAGGGAUUAGUCUUGGAACAAAUGGGUUUGGAUUUAAUGGAAGUUAAUAGUCUAGCUUCUGAUGUGGGUUUGGGGUUAGAAGAGCAGCAUAGUGGUCAUAUUGGUAACGGGACUGGGGAGACUCUGGCGAAUGUUUUUUCUGCGCUAAAUGAGGAGGAGUUUGAGGACGAUGAUCCAAUGCAGGAGGUAGUAGCAGAUGAUCCUGAAGAGAAGAAAAAGAUUGACAAUUCAGAAGUGAAUGAUCGGGUCAAUGGUGAGGUGGAGAAGAGGCAAGGCGCCCGUAGAAAGGCGCUCAAGCCGUCGUUAGCUGCAGUAGCCUCCAACAAAUGAAGCUGGCUCAGUUGGUGGCUGCGAAACGAACGGUAGUCAAAGCAGGUAUGCGCCAUGGAGAUUCCUCCAAGCAGGGAGAGGAGAAGGGACCUUUAGCCCCUAAGCAUGAUCCUGCCAAGUACCUGAAAGAUCCAUGAAUCAAGAAACCGCAAGUUAUAUGUGGCAUGGGCAUCGUAUGGGUUAUGGUUUUUUUAUUGCUUCAAUAAGAUAUUUGAGCUUUUUUAUUUAUUUUUUGCUUGAGUUGGUAUUGUUUUCCGUUUGGUUCUUGUUAUUGUGGGCUAUGUGUUGGUCGUUCUUUAUGGUUUUAUUAUGGAAUAAUAAGGUUUCUUUCGCUUGGUCUUGUUGGCAUCAUCUCUGGUUGCAAGGUGUAAGUGUAAGACUAUUGGAGAAUGUAUUGUUUAAGUAUAUAGCUAGGCAUUCCGAAAGCGGUUUAUGGUUUCA